AUGGUCCGAGUAAGCAACUUGAUAAUCACAUUCCUUAAUUGUGUGACCCUAGCGGUUUCACUUGUAGCCAUAGGGUUUUCAAUUUGGCUCCGUUUUGAAGGCAGCGCUACACUUUGCCAAAAAGUAUUUCAGAAGCCUUUGUUAAUACUGGGAAUUUCUCUACUGAUUGUUUCGGUACUGGGAUUGAUUGGGUCCUGUUGCAGAAGUAUGUGGUUUAAUGCUGAAAAUUGGGAGGAGAUUAAGAGUUGUUUGGUUGAUACCAAAUAUUGUCAACGUCUACCUACUGAGAAAGGCGCUGACUUCUACAAAUAUAGCCUCUCUGCUACUCAGUCGAGUUGCUGUAAGCCACCCUCUUACUGCGGCUUAGAGUUCCACAACGCUACCUACUGGACUAUGCCCAAAGCAGGGCCGGCCGUACCAGACAACAACAACAACAACAACCCAGUAUAAUCCCACUCAGUGGGGUCUGGGGAGGGUAGUAUGUACGCAGA